GAACCUUCAUUUGCAUGAAUGCAUGUGUUCAUUUUGAUUGUGGAAAAUAGUAAAUCCCUGUUUCUCAGUUAUUUAUGACCUUUGCAUUGAGUGGCAGACCUUCAGUGAGGAAGCUCCAGAUUUUAUUCAUGGAAAACAGACUAUUGAGGCUCCUAAAACAAGCAUCAGUGAAACACAGCCUGAGAGCCGUGCAGACUACCAAUGCAUUUUUUAGACCUCAAUAUCUGAAUUUUUAAAGCACACUACAUUUUUGAUGAUUAUUGCAUAAAAAAGGUACAGCCCUUCACUUACAGAAGCAAUAGAAUUAGAUUGCAUAUGUGACUUUUGUGCAUCAACUACAGUGCAACGGCCCUCACAGUUUAAACCUUUAUAUCGGUGUUUGGUUGUUGACGUUGAUACAUUUGACCCAUGAACCCCUGGAACUGUUUCUCGGGAUAAGGGUUAAACUGGGACUAGAGGACGCAGUGUCUUGUUACACCUGCUCGUAUUAUACAACCCCGAGCCUGCAAUUCUUGACGUCACGGUCAAUAUUUAAUGAGCUCUGCUAGUCACUCUUUUUGGCCUGCUUUCGUAUGGGCAAGACCAAGAAGGGAGGGGUUGGAGAAGAGGCAGGUGUUCGGCAUCUUCUGUCACUGUCUGUGAGGGAGCUGAGGAGAACGCCGGAGUUUCCAUUAUUGAUGUAUGCCAACAUAACAUUCACAAUGCCAAUACAUUGACCCGAAGACACCCGGAUUUGCCCCAUUUCUCUCCUUGUGCCUCGUUUCUGGAUGCUCUUAGCCCAAACCGCAUGAAGGAUUGUACCCAGACCGUCCAAACCAAAGUCCCUCCUCUUCUUUCUCUCUGUUCCGUCUCUGGCUCAGCAUCUCUCCUCCUCCCCUCCAGCACACCUAGACCAUCUCAGUCCAGCACAGGAGAGGAUGUGCACCAGCGUCUAGUGGAUAUCCUGCUCUUUUUUUCUGCAAGAGCAGAAGUGUGAGAAGACAAGUGUUUGAGGGACAGAAGAGCAAGGGAAGGAGAAAUGCCACUGGGGGGGUUUGCGGGUCUAAAGGAGAAGCUCAAACCGGGGAAGGAGGAGUUGAAGAACAGUGUGGGUGACUCUCUGGGGAACCUGCAGAAGAAGAUCGAUGGUUCUAAUGCAGCUGAAGAGGACAACAUUGAGCUGACAGAAGAUGGUCGGCCAGUGGCGGCCCCUAAACACAGCUCACCCUUUUUUGAUUGUGGCUGCUUUGGCCUCCCCAAACGUUACAUCAUCGCCAUCCUCAGCGGACUUGGCUUUUGCAUCUCGUUUGGCAUCCGCUGCAACCUCGGUGUAGCCAUUGUAGAAAUGGUUAACAACAACACUGUCUACAUCAAUGGGACUGCCGUCAUGCAGCCAGCUCAGUUUAAUUGGGAUCCAGAGACAGUGGGAUUGAUACACGGCUCUUUUUUCUGGGGCUACAUUGUCACUCAAAUCCCUGGAGGUUUCAUCUCCAAUAAGCUAGCAGCUAACAGGGUGUUUGGAGCAGCCAUUUUCUUGACGUCAGUGCUAAACAUGUUUAUUCCAUCAGCUGCCAGGGCCCACUAUGGCUGUGUCAUGUUUGUGCGAAUCUUACAAGGACUGGUGGAGGGUGUCACAUAUCCAGCCUGCCAUGGGAUGUGGAGCAAAUGGGCUCCUCCACUGGAAAGAAGCCGUCUGGCUACUACAUCGUUCUGUGGAUCGUAUGCAGGAGCUGUGAUAGCCAUGCCACUGGCUGGAGUAUUAGUGCAGUAUGUAGGCUGGCCCUCUGUCUUCUAUAUAUAUGGUGUGUUUGGCAUAAUAUGGUAUAGUUUUUGGCUCUUGCUGGCUUAUGACAGUCCAGCAAUCCAUCCCACUAUCAGUGAGGAAGAAAGGACAUACAUAGAGGCCUCUAUUGGGGAAGGAGCCAAUUUAAUGAGUUCUACCGAGAAAUUUAAAACUCCUUGGCGUGAAUUCUUCACAUCUAUGCCUGUCUACGCAAUCAUUGUGGCAAAUUUCUGCCGUAGCUGGACCUUUUACCUCCUGCUCAUUAGUCAGCCAGCUUACUUUGAAGAGGUCUUUGGGUUCCCCAUCAGCAAGGUGGGCAUUCUGUCAGCGGUGCCACACAUGGUGAUGACGAUCAUUGUGCCGAUAGGAGGCCAGCUGGCUGACUUCCUGAGGAGUCGGAAAAUCCUCUCUACUACAACCGUGCGCAAAAUUAUGAACUGUGGAGGUUUUGGCAUGGAGGCCACGUUGCUCCUGGUGGUUGGGUUCUCACACACACGUGCAGUGGCCAUCUCAUUCCUCAUCCUGGCGGUGGGCUUCAGUGGAUUUGCGAUAUCAGGAUUCAAUGUAAACCAUCUGGACAUAGCUCCUCGCUAUGCCAGCAUUCUUAUGGGCAUAUCUAAUGGAGUAGGUACCCUGUCUGGAAUGGUGUGCCCCCUCAUUGUCGGAGCACUUACCAAACACAAGACUCGCCUGGAGUGGCAGCAUGUCUUUGUGAUUGCUUCCAUGGUGCAUUACACUGGUGUGAUCUUCUAUGCCAUCUUUGCCUCUGGUGAGAAGCAGGACUGGGCCGAUCCUGAGAACACCAGUGACGAGAAAUGCGGCAUUAUCGGGGAAGAUGAGCUGGCUGAUGAGACUGAGCACAACAGCGACAGUGCCCUGGCCACCAAGCAGAAGACCUAUGGAACCACAGAAAGCUCUGCAGGCCGCAAGCAAAGCUGGAAGAAGAAGAGAGGCGUGACCAUGCAAGCAGAUGAAGAUCACGGAUCAAAUCAUUCUGAAAAUGGGGAAUAUCAGAAUCAGUAUCAAUGA